AUGGUAUACCGGGGAAAUAUUAGAUGGCGUUGUCCAUCUAUGGAUUCUAUUAUGGUAAGCAUUGACGUGUCGAUCAAUUUGGUAUCUAUUUAUAAUAAUGGUGAGGGUAUUCCGGUUGAGAAGGAAGGAGGAGUUUUCGUGCCGGAAAUAUAUUUUGGUCAUCUUUUGACGGGAAUUAACAAUUUAGGUAGGCAACUUGGACUUAUGGUUGGUAGUCCUGAAACUGUGAAGGUUAGGAUGCUGUUCUUGAGGAUUUUUGUGCUUGAUGUUUUGGAGUCAGGCAGUCCUUGUUUUGCUCAUUUCUGUGGAGGCUUGUGGGGUGGGGUGGGUUACUGUCAAUUGUAUUAUGUGGUAUAUAGCAGUAUCGGUUCCUUCUUUUUGCUUUUUCUGGUUGUUCGUUCUGGAGCUAAGUUCACAGACAAUAUGAGGCUAAGGACUCAACCUAUUAUUGAAGAAUGCGGUGAAGAGGAAAAUUGGACCAGAAUUACAUUUAAGCCAGACUUAGCUAAGUUUAAUAUGAUUGAAUUGGAAAGCGAUAUGAUUGCAUUGAUGAAAAAAAGAGUAUUCGACUUAGCUGCUUGUCUUGAUAGCAAUGUAGAGGUCAAAUUCAAUGGACAGAGUCUUGAAAAUUCAUUUAUCAAAUAUGUGGACUAUUACCUUAAAACUGUCUCUAAAACAGAAGCCAAACCCCCUUCCGCUGGUUGA